AGAUAAUACCAAUUUAUCUGAUAUUUGCUGAAUCCAACGACAAUCCAUCGUGCGCAUAAAAGGCAGCCGUAAUUGGUAGGAACAUCAUAUUCACGAUGACGCGAUCGGCAGUGAUUGUGAUACUUUCGAUGUUGGCUGCGUCCAGUGUGGAGGGAAUCUGUGAUGGUGCAAUUCAAGAUGCUCAAAAAUUAGAGGAUAGCAUAAAUGAAGUCCGUGCAGCUGUAGCAAAGGGAGACCUGUUAGAUGAAUAUACAGGCGGUACAUUCCCUGCGGCUAAGAACAUGAAUAAAUUGGUCUGGGAUUGCGAACUCCAGUCGGAGGCUGCGACGUAUAUUGACAAAUGCCAAGUUCGUAAAGAUAUCAAAAAAAACGUUACCGGCUAUGGCUGGAGCCACGAGUCGUCAUUGCACCGAAUUGGCGAUGAGAAGUUACUACCAAUCACGAACAUGGUUGAUGAGUUGCUCAAUUAUAAGGGUUAUAUUACCACCGACCUCGACGAAACCGUGGCUAGAUUGCCUGGUGAACCACUCCUUGAGUCAACUUCUGUGGAUCCAUCAUUCGCUAACCUAAUAGCAGCGGCAGCUACGAAAGUGGGUUGCGCAGUCAACAAGUGCGAUUAUGAAGGCGAGAAAGCUGACACCUACGACUACUACGCCACAGUGCUAUGUCUAACGGACCACAGACUGGAAUCUCCUGACUAUGACAUAUACGAAAUAAAACAAGAUGAAGCUGAUUGUGUCUGCUUAACUGACUCCUGGUGCAACCCUGAUACUAAGUUAUGCGAAACCACUACCACAAUAACCACAACAACCACAACACCUACUACAACCACUACGACCCCGGCUAUACAGCCUUCGCCAAAUGCUGUGUUACCUAGCUCUACAACAGAAGACACCAUCUGCCCCGAGAACUAUUACAUGACAGAUAAACUGAGACUGAGAAUUCUGGAUAUGCACAAUAGCCGCAGGAGCUCACUUGCACUUGGAAACGUAACUAAAAACACUGGUGCGAACUUACCAGCGGCAGCAAAUAUGCGUAAAUUGAAGUAUGACUGUGAGCUGGAGUUUUCGGCGAUCAAAUUUGCUAGCCAGUGUCCUAAGAUUGGUUCGACAGAAGAUACUAGAGUUGAACAGGGUGAAAAUAUGUAUCAAAUGAUAGAGACAGGAGUCACGUCGUUUGAAGAGGCAGCAAGCAAGGCUGUUGAUUCAUGGUGGAAAGUAGUCCAAGUCUACCCUAGUCCUGGGUCAGCCGCUAAAUUUCGGGAAACCCAUGUUGGAACUGCAAUCAUUACAUUUACACAGAUGGCAUGGGCUGCAACGCAGUACUUGGGCUGCUCAGUCGUGAAUUGCUCGCCAUUUUACACUACUGUCUGCCGUUACUCUCCCAAGGGAAAUGUUGUUGGACAAACAGUCUAUGCUCCAGGAGAUUUCUGCACUGCAUGUCCACCUGAUACCAAAUGUAAUGCUACACUCUACCUUUGCGCCCCAUGAAGAAAGGCAAUAGGAUUGUUUUUGGUGUUAACCUAUACUUCAAUGGGACAGCUAAUCUUGUUUUGCAAUAGCACUUUAUUUCACCAGUUUUCAAAUUGUCUGGUAAUUCUGUAGGAGAAUAGGCGUAGAAAAAAAAGAAAUAAAUAAGAGUUAAGAUGGCACAAUGAGAGUAAAGCGCCAACGACUGGAUUACAUGUCGAGUUAAAAGGUUUCUACGCUCUGUUUAAACAGUCCAUCAGUAAAACCUAGAUUAUUUUUAAUCAUAUGCUCUUCGUUGCGCAUGAGUUGUGACUCAUUCUCAUGAGAGCAAGCAAGCAAUCACAUAAUUCAAAGGUAAAGUUUUUAUAGGAACUAGAUAGCGAAAAUGAAGUCAAUAUUUUGCAUUUUUCCUGUGAUUUUUACUAUUGGUUUAACGAAAUUGUCUCAGACUUGUAGUUGCAAUUUUGGAGCCAAAACAUCGACUUUUAUCAGUUCUUACCCCGU